AUGAUUUCGAUGCAAAACAGAAGCGCUUUGACAGUCGUAACGACUUUUCCCGACAAACCGCUCAAAGUGCUCUCAUCAAAGUCGUCGUCUAAAUCAUCCGCGAGUUUGAGAGCGAGACAGAGUGGUCGUCGCUCCUCCUUUUCCUCCUCCUCAUUCCGAAUAGUCAGAGCAGCAGGAGCUGGGGGUAAAGGUGAGGAGGAAAAGGAAGAGAAUUCGGUUGAACUCUACGCCGGAAUCGCAGGUUUGCUUUCCUGCGCGGUCGUUUCCUACUCGUUGUUCACUUUGAAGCAAACGGGAUGCGGAUUACCCGCCGGUCCGGGUGGUCUCGUCGGUGCAAUCGAAGGCGUGAGUUAUCUCGGUGUCGCUGGACUCUUAGGCGCUUCGGCGUAUAAGAAAACAACCACGGGGAGCGGUUUACCCGCCGGGCCGUUCGCUUUGCUCGGCGCCGCCGAAGGCGUCGCGUUUUUACUCCUUGUCGCCGGUCUGUACGUCGGCGUCGCGCAAUUGCUCGAAUACGGGUACAUACCGAACGCUGUUCCGGUUGAAGGUGGGAAGUGCGCGUGA